AUGUCGUCAAACAACAAGAGCCCGGUUCAGCAGGACCUACCUCCUAACCAUGACGGCCACCCCUCGGAGUCCACCGGUAGCGUUUACAAUUCCGUGAGAAGGUCCAGCAUCCCCGCUCCGACGGCAAAUCCUGAGGGCUCUUUCCAACCCAACACUGAGAACCCGUCUCCGUCCAUGUCGAAACCAAUCACCAGUGAUCCGGUCUCCCAGGGCGGCUCAUCCGUCCAGCACCGCUUCCUCACCCCAACAGAGUGGGCUCGGAUCGCCCAUGGAAUUGGUGCUAUCCGGGAGGGAGAGGAACAUCAAGUUGUUCACCCCACUUGCUGGUACUACCCCCCGAAGGGCCUACCCGACGGUCUGUACAAGGAUGUGGUCAAACAGCGGACGAAGUACUCCUUCGCUUUCGGGACUCUCAGUGUGGUCCACUGGCAUCUCAUGAUCCUCCAGGUCAUGCUGGGUGCGGUUCUUACUGCGCUCGGCUCAACCCCGAAGCGUGAAUCCACGCCGAUUACGGCUCUAGCAGCUGUAAAUACGGUGGGCGCUGGUUUGAUUGCCCUCCUACACAACAGCGGGCUCCCAGACCGAUACAGAAUGGACAAGGCGCAAUUUGUUGAAGUUGAGGACUACAUCAGAGAACUCUUAGACACCGGUGUCGUUGAGGCUCACAUGAAAGUUGAAGACGUACUCGGCGAGUGUUAUACCCGCUUCGCAGCUGCAAGAGCUACCGUGAUUUCCAACAAGCCGGACGUUUACGCUGGCCCCAAGGCUAAAUCCGACACCACAGCCGACCCUCGUCCGCAGCAGACGCCCAACACCCAGCCGGCGACCCAGUAA